GAAGGACGGGAGGCGGAGUGACGAUGAUGGCGGUGCGGCCGGCGACAUGGCGGGCUCUGAGAGGACUGCUAGCCGGCCAAAGGAGGCGGCUUUCAGGAGUUCCGCAGCAGCAAGGCAUAGGCAGUGCUGAUGAAACUUCACUUCGACCAUUGUACAUGGAUGUCCAAGCAACAACUCCUCUGGACCCUAGGGUUUUGGAUACCAUGCUUCCCUAUCUUGUGCAUUUUUAUGGUAACCCACACUCAAGAACUCAUGCUUAUGGUUGGGAGAGUGAAUCUGCUAUGGAAAAAGCUAGACAGCAAGUUGCAUCGUUAAUAGGAGCAGAUCCUAGAGAAAUUAUUUUUACCAGUGGGGCAACAGAAUCAAACAACAUAGCAAUUAAGGGUGUUGGAAGAUUCUAUAAAUCCAGAAAGAAACAUAUAAUUACAACACAAACAGAACACAAGUGUGUGCUGGAUUCAUGCCGUGCCCUAGAAGCUGAGGGAUUUCAAGUCACAUACUUGCCUGUACAGAAAAAUGGGAUUAUAGAUUUAAAGGAUCUAAAAAAUGCAAUACAACCAGACACAGGAUUGGUUUCAGUAAUGACUGUGAAUAAUGAAAUAGGAGUAGUACAGCCAGUUAAGGACAUUGGUCAGAUCUGCAGUUCCCAUAAAAUUUUCUUUCAUACAGAUGCUGCACAGGCAGUUGGGAAAAUUCCUCUAAAUGUCAAUGAUAUGAAAAUUGAUUUAAUGAGCAUCAGUGGCCAUAAAAUCUAUGGUCCCAAAGGGGUUGGUGCAAUUUAUGUUCGGCGGCGACCAAGAGUAAGACUGGAACCUAUACAAAGUGGAGGAGGCCAGGAGCGAGGAUUACGUUCUGGGACUGUGCCAACUCCUUUAGCAGUUGGUCUUGGAGCAGCUUGCGAAUUGGCACAACAAGAGAUGGAGUAUGACCAUAAGCGAAUUAGUUUAUUAGCUGGCAGAUUAGUUACAAACAUAAUGUCUGAAAUUCCUGAUGUGGUAAUGAAUGGUGAUCCAGUUCAUCGUUAUCCAGGCUGCAUUAACUUAUCCUUUGCAUAUGUGGAAGGAGAAAGCCUGCUGAUGGCGCUUAAAGAUGUGGCUCUGUCUUCUGGAAGUGCUUGCACAUCUGCAUCUCUGGAACCAUCAUAUGUGUUGCGUGCAAUUGGAACUGAUGAAGACUUGGCUCACUCAUCCAUAAGGUUUGGCAUUGGCCGUUUCACUACUGAAGAAGAGAUAGAUUAUACCGUAAAAAAAUGCAUACAGCAUGUGAAGAGAUUAAGGGAGAUGAGCCCACUGUGGGAAAUGGUACAGGAUGGAGUUGAUUUGAAGAGCAUUAAAUGGACACAACAUUAAGCAAGGAAAUCACUUGUUAUCUUGGACUGCUUGGAUAUAGAUUAAAGUAAUAUUUUCUCUACAUUCCUGAGUAAAACCAUGUUGUGCUUGUUUUAAAAAUACAAAAUCUUUGGGUAAUCAGUUACGCUUUCUAAAUCUAGAGCCUGAAAACUAAAUCUAAGGCGAUGUUUGUUCAGGUAAACAAUUGUGCUUACAAAUCAUCAAAUACAAAUGGACAUUAGUUUCCUGGAACCAAAGAAGUUGCAGUACUUUUAUUUUGGAGGUGACAUUGGUGCAGCUUGAUAUGCCAAAUCUUCAGCUGUCUUAUUGUAAAAGUAAUUAAAAAGUAGCUUGUUUCUACUGUAGGUUCUCCCUAGAAUAAUUUGCAUCUGUUUCAGCAACAUCUGUCUUAUUGCAAAACUUGUGUUCAAA